AUGAAGACUGAACCCAUUGCAAAUCAACCGCACCCGCUCGAACAUCCAGGUGGCUCCUUUGACGAACUUGUCACUGUCCGCGUCGGCCGUGCUCCUCAUAUAAAGGAGUACCAAAUACACCAAGGCCUCCUCGCUCACCACUCAACCAUCUUCGCCUCAAUGUUUCUUGGCACCGCAAGGACUCGAUCGAAAACCCUAGCUCUGCUCGACGUGGACCCCGAAGUCUUCGAGACGGUGAAGUACUGGUUGUACACCACCAAAUUCUGGGCACCCGGCACCAACACCACCGGUAAGAUUCCCUUCGAUGACAGUAAGAUCCUGCAGCUCUACUUCUUCGCAAACGACAACGGCAUGCAGGAGCUGCAGAACGUGGUUAUGACGCUCUUCUACCAAAAGAACGUGCAGGAUUGGGCCAUAGCUAUUCCGCAGACUAGGGUCGUGUAUGUCCGCACGAGGCCGGAGUCGCCGCUGAGACGGUUCUUGGUUGAUAUGGUGGCGGAGACAUGGGGGUUCAGGACAAUCAAGGAGGACCAGUCGAAGCUGCCCAAGGACUUUUUGGUGGAUGUGUUGGUCAAGUUGAGGGAUGCGAAGAUGGCGCCGGGCACGGCGAGUCAUAAGCAGACGUGGAUUGAGGGGAUGAAUAGGGACUUUUGUGAGAAGUAUCGUGUUCAUACGGAGGAGAAGUGA